AUGUCCAGUCGAGCAGAAGCAAAGGCAGCGGGCGAUAUUUCCAGUGAUCGUAAUUUCAAUAUGGCUCAAGCGCAAACCUCCAGGAAAGGCUUUUGUUCAGUCCGACAUGGACUGGCCCUCAUCAUGCAUCUCUGCAAUGUAUCGGUUGGAACCCAAAAUAUGAACCUGAGCGUUGCCCUCCCAGCCAUGGUGAACAGCACGGCCCUGGCUGGCUCACCCAACACCUCUAUGGAAACACCUCCCACUGCCUCCCAGGACAGGUGGAAUGAAACUCUAAAGGAAUUUAAGCCAGUGGCCCCUAUGUAUGACUGGAGUCCUGAAACACAGGGGAUCAUCCUCAGCUCUCUCAACUAUGGCUCCUUCCUGGCUCCAAUCCCUGUUGGCUACGUGUCUGGAGUAUUUGGAGCCAAGUACUUGGUUGGUGUUGGCCUGCUUCUUUCCUCGGUCUUGACCUUCUUUAUUCCACUGGCAGCUGAUGCUGGAGUAGACUUGCUCAUCGUCAUUCGGAGCAUUCAAGGCAUAGCUCAGAGUAUGGUAUUAACAAGUCAGUAUUCAGUUUGGGUCAAAUGGGCUCCCCCACUGGAAAAGAGUCAACUCAUCAACAUUGCCAUAUCAGGGCAAAUGCUGGGAUUAUUCAUCAUUUUCCUCGUUGGUGGUUUGCUGUGCCAGACCAUAGGCUGGCCUUAUGUCUUCUACAUCUUUGGUGGAUUUGGCUGCAUCUGUUCUUUUCUCUGGUUUCCUCUUGUUUAUGACGACCCCAUACAUCAUCCAUUCAUCAGUGCUGGUGAGAAGGAAUACAUCGUGCGUUCACUGGCUCAACAGGACUGUUCACGAGCCUGGUCUCUACCCAUUAAGGCUAUGAUCAGAUCCCUACCAGUUUGGGCCAUUUUAGUCUUUCAUUUCACUGAAUUCUGGACUUUUCAUAUUUUUAUGGACUACUUACCAACAUACUUUAGCACCAUACUGCAGGCUAACCUCAGAGACAUAGGGAUCCUCACGUCCCUACUGGUAGGGACUACCUUUAUCUGCACUAUCCUCGAAGGUCUAUUGGCAGACUUCCUUCUUUCCAGAAAACUCCUCACACUCACCGCCAUCAGGAAACUGUCCUCCGCCAUAGGGGUUCUCAUCCCGUCGGCAGUCCUCAUGUGCCUGCACUGGGUCAGAUCCAGCCUGAGCGUCACCAUGGCCCUCCUGGUACUGUGUCAUGCUGCCAUCCCUUUCUGCCAGAUAGGAGCCUUGAUUAACGUACUGGACAUUGCUCCUCGGUACACUGGCUUUCUCAAGGGACUAUCACAAAUCUUUGUUUACCUCUCAGGAGCCAUUUCUCCCACUGUUACUGGAUUUAUAAUAAGUCAGGAUGCUGAGUUUGGCUGGAGAAAUAUCUUCCUGAUUUCAGCUUCCAUGAACCUAUUAGGCCUGGUCUUCUACCUCAUCUUCAGCCAAGCAGAGGUCCAGGACUGGGCCACAGAGCAGACGCUCACUCAGUUCUGAGCAAACAGGAUGCCUGAACUCCUAAUGUCCAGCCAUUCACAGCUGGCCCUCAUGGGCAUUCCCCCAUGGCACCUGCCCGGCGGGCUAGUCAUUUAAUUUGAACUGCUUUGUUUCCAGUAUCUUCUCAGAGACCUUGGCUGUGUAGUACCGAAGGUGAUGCUUGCAUAUUUUACAGGGGUGGGUAGGAGGUGGGGAAAGGCUAGUUAUCUAAGUGUGAGCUCCUGAAAGCACUGAAUUUCUAGUGCUCUGCACUCUUUCCACUAUUAUAGUGACAUAAGAAAAAAUAUAUAAUUGGGGAGCCACUUGGGGGGCUCAG